GUUCGUUCAGAGCGAGUGGAGCAAGCAGUCGAGGCAGUCGUGUGGUCGGCAGAGUUUGUGAAAUAAGCAGUGAAAUUUUCACACAUAGUGAUUACCGUUUCGUUUGGUUUGGUGCGAGAGGCGAGGAGCAAGAGUGAAAAGAGAAGAGAGAGAGAGAGCGCGCGCGUGAGAGAGCGAUUGCGAGAGAGAGAGGGAAGGAUCGGAGAGUUUGAAGCGGCAGCAGCAGUCUUCGAAUCGCCAAAGAAAGUGUGUUGCGAAUUUAAUAAAGAGGAAGUUUUUGUUUGAAAAAAACAACACAACACACAUCGCAAAGCAACAAAAACACAACAAGCUGCAGCAAGAUGAUGUCCACAAAUACGUGCUUCAAGUGUGACCGGCCGGGUCACUAUGCUCGCGAUUGCCAGAACGUUGGCGGAGGCGGUGGUGGUGGCCGUGGCGUCGGUGGCCCGCGCGAUCGUCGCGACUUCGGUCGUCGGGAGAAAUGCUACAAGUGCAACCAGAUGGGCCACUUUGCCCGUGACUGCAAGGAGGAUCUGGACCGCUGCUACCGGUGCAACGGAAGUGGUCACAUUGCCCGUGACUGCAGCCUUUCGCCCGAUGACUCGUGCUGCUACAACUGCAACCAGAGCGGCCAUCUGGCCCGCAACUGCCCGGAGAAGAGCGACCGCGAUAUGAACGUGUCUUGCUACAACUGUAACAAGAGCGGUCACAUCUCGCGCAACUGCCCGUCGGGCGACAAGUCGUGUUACAGCUGUGGCAAGAUUGGCCACUUGAGUCGCGACUGCACAGAGAAUAAGGGUCGGGAUUAGAAGUCGGGUUACUCGUCGUGGUGUGGCAGUAACAACACUGCGGCGUAUUUCCGCUUGCCACAUCAGUCCUCCGCAGCCAACGCAUCGUCAUCGCCACACCAACAACAGCCACAACAGCAGCAGCAGCAGCAGCAGAUUCAACAACAACAGCA